AUGAAAUUUUGCCCCAAAACAAUUGCCCCUCAAAUGGAUCCUGUGACAAUGUGGACUAGAGACGAAGUGCUGAAGAUGGGCAAUGCAAAGAGCGUCUACAUCAAUGAAAUGGGUAAUAGAGCAUAUGGUGCAAACCUUAAACAAGCCGAACAAAUCAGACAUCUGAAUCAAGCGUGGGUUGCGCGGACGUACAGAAAGGAUCCUCAGCCAGAUCCUGCACGCAGCACCAAAUGCGAGGCAGAGCUGGAUCAACUUAUGAGAAAUUUAUGUGAUGCUUGGAAUGGCACGAAAGCUUUGAAGAAAACCAAGUUGAAAAGUACUUAUGAGGACAACGAAUUUCUGAUUGCUCUAAAAAAUUAUGUGGAAGUCAACGAUUACGACCCGUUUGAGUACUGCCCUCUAACAAUGGUGGAUGGACAAGGCAAUACGAGAACCAUGAAAUGCUUGAAAAAACCAACUGAAAUAAUAGACUCUGCGGUACUUAAUCGAAUGCAAUGCCAAUCAAACGCAAUUAUUGAUGGAUCACAUAAAAGUAAUGGAAGGUUCGUUGAGAAGUUUUUAUUUUGCAUGAUUAUGCUUGUUAACGAUUAUGAAGUCUCAUCAUUGAUGAUAGGUACUUAUCAGGAUCAACUAGAUAAAUUGUUCACAAGUAAAUUGUAAAU